AUGGCGGACAGCAAACGAUCAAAAAAGAUGUUCCGAAAAAAAGACUUCUCGUGCCCUGAUUCAAAAACGCUAUUUGUUAAAAAGACGAUGAUGAUUUCGAUCAGUCGGCUACGAAGAACUAUCGCCUUGAGCAUGCUCCUUUUUAACAUCAGUGGAACAACGGGAUAUCCUUCGGGAAUUGAAAUUGUAAAUGCAUCAUUCUGUGGAAAGUAUGAUAAGCCUCCAACGUUUAAAGUUUCGCAUUGGCCUUUCAUUCCCACUGGUGUUCUUGUCAAUUUGAGUGUAACAUUUACACCUGUGGUGAAUGUUUUGGAGGCGAUCUUGCAAUACGAAUUGGUCUCAGUAGACGGUGAGGUUGUUCUCAGGAACAGAUACGACCGUGUAUGCAUUUCUUCCCCAGAUCUGUGCAGCUUACCUGCUGGUGAAACCAAGGUGUGGGUUGGAUCUGCAAAGUUGCCGCCCAUUCCUCCAUUUUUUAAGAAACGAACCUAUAAGGGAAGAGUUCAACUUUUCAAUGAAAAGAACAUAAUGUUUCUCUGUGGUGAAGUUGUUGGAAAGGUACGCUAGAAGACGAACACGAGUCAAGACUCAAGUGAAAGACAAGAAGUAAGGGGGAAAGUAAUUCGCUUAAGCAGGGGAAGACAUUAAAAAAGUCGUCUUGCAAUCGCUGAUAUUGUAAAAUAAGGUUUCAAAAUCCAACGACAAUCAUUAAAGAUAACUCCGCUCUGUAGUUUGAGUAAACUCACAGAUUAAAUUUUUAAGGUGAGGGAAUCAACUCAUGAAUGAAAAAACAACGCAGCAAAAACAGGUAACAAUAAAGAGAGGGGAUCAAUUCGCGCGAAAAAUAGUAAACUGUAGCAGAAAUUACAUAGAUUUGAAUAAGCAAGAUUUUCCAAGAGAGCUAGCUAAGCACACUGGAACUUUUGAACCUCUCCCUAUACACGGUGCUCCCUUGAAAGUCCGACAGUUCAACAGAGAUGUAAAUAGAAAUACGAAAGGACUGA